AUGGAUACCAAGAACGUACCGAUGCUACCCAGCAUACGCUCUGGGAGUGAAGCAAAAGGAAGUGAAAACGCUCAAGUCUUGCUGCCCCCCAUGUCCACACCCACAGACGAACUCACCAAGCAUUCCCUAGCUGGACAGCAGAUGGGCAAUUUUGUUAUGGCCUACAAUGCCCAGUAUGGAUCAGCUAAUCGCAAGCCAACAAACUUGGGCGACGGUUUCUCUUCAGGGCUCAUGCUCACUGGGUCCAGCCCAGCAUCCAAGAGGCAAGCGCAACUUUCGUGCGAAGUUAUCAAUGCUGACGAUGUUGGUUUCAGCUCCAACGGCCUCACUGGAUUAACCUCGUUGCCUAGUGGAGCACAGAUUCAGCAGUACCAGGCACUGCAGAUGGGGUUGCAUCCCAGCGUCCUUCAAGUCCCUCUGAGCACUUUAGGAGGCAUGCAUGGAAGCGUUCUGCCACUUUUUGGGCACCAUCCUAUGACCAACGGCACACACCCAUCAACAACCUAUCAACCAUCCGAUACAUCCUCAUCCACGUCUGGAAUGGGAGCAGUUCUUCCAAACCGAGCGGCAGCGGCACCGAACGGGGGGAUCUCGAACCUGAGCAGCAGGAAUGGGAUCGGAAUCACCCUCACUGCCCAUGGAUCUGGAAACAACUCAGGAGGGAGCUCCACAACAUGCAAUCACAACUCUUCAGGGGGAGACUCGGAUGAUGAGACGAGAGACCAGGACGGACGAACUUCGAGGAGGAUCGCAAGGAGAGAGUACCACAAGAAGAUUGAGAGGAAGCGCCGAGAUCGCAUGAGGUCGCUUUACGAUGAGUUGCGGCAGCUGACUGAUGCUGCGGAGCUCGCAGACAAGAAUGGCGUCCUGGAAGGAGCCAUCGCACUGAUCCAAGAGCUACGGCAAGAGAACACGAAGCUGCUGAAGCUCAAGCAAGAGAACAAUGAUCUGCGACAAGAGAACGCAAGGCUGAUCAAAAGCCCGCAAGCCUUUCCUGCGAGCAUGGUCCAAGUGACUGUCGACAAGGAUGCCGCAGCUGUCUCACUCCCGAUGCAGGCGCACGGUGUGCCGAGUGCUGCGGCAGUCUCAAGCGCCUCUUCCUGGAACGACGAUCAAGGAGCUGCCAGGGGAGCAAAGAGGGCCAAGGUGAACGGGGUCAACUAG